AUGUCUCAGAUUCCAAACCUGGAGAAUGCCCCAAUCAAUCUCACUUCCAUUCGAGCUCGAGCUCAAACGGAGCUGGAAAGCAUCCUCAAAAAUGUUCGAGGAGACAAAUGUUUGGUGAUUGAUCCGAAGCUUAGUGGGUCUCUGUCACUUCUGGUCCAAAGCUCGGAACUGAAGAAACAUGGUGCUGAAUUGCGGCAUCUAACAGCAGAGCCAAUUCAAACUGAGCGCACCAAAGUGGUGUACCUUGUUCGAGCGCAGCUUGAUUUGAUGAAAUCCAUUUGCUCACACAUUCAUAAUGAUACAUCAAAAGGGCUUCAUAGGGAGUACUACCUCUACUUUGUUCCUCGCCGGCUGGUUGCAUGUGAAAAGGUACUUCAGGAGGAAAAAGUUCAUGAAUUGUUGAACAUUGGGGAAUUUCCAUUGUACAUGAUUCCACUGGACGAGGAUUUAAUAUCAUUCGAGCUUGAUCUAGCUCAGAAAGAAUAUUUGGUGGAUGGAGAUGCUACCUCUCUCUGGCAUAUUUCAAAAGGCAUUCACAAUCUGGAGUUUUCUUUUGGAGUAAUACCAAAUGUUAGGGCCAAGGGCAAGGCAGCUACACGUGUUGCUGACAUUUUAAAUAGGAUGCAAGCUGAAGAGCCUAUUAACAGAUCAGAUGUCGGCAUUCCAGAAAUAAACACUCUUGUACUUCUGGAUAGAGAGGUCGAUAUGGUCACUCCAAUGUGUACCCAAUUAACAUAUGAGGGACUGCUAGACGAGUUUCUUGGUGUCAAUAAUGGAGCUGUGGAACUUGAUGGAUCCAUCAUGGGAGUUCAACAAGAAGGGAAGAAAAUGAAGAUUCCACUUAAUUCUAGUGACAAAUUAUUCAAGGAGACACGAGAUCUGAAUUUUGAAGUCGUUGUCCAGGUUCUUCGUCAAAAAGCGACAUCCAUGAAGCAAGACUACACAGAAAUUUCCACUACAACUCAGACAGUCUCUGAAUUGAAGGACUUCGUGAAGAAGCUUAAUUCAUUACCUGAGAUGACUCGGCACAUAAAUCUUGCUCAGCAUUUGUCAACACUAACGUCAAAACCAUCCUUUCCUGGGAGACUUGAUAUGGAACAAACACUAUUGGAAGCGCAGAGCUAUGAAAUAUGUUUUGAUUAUAUUGAAGAAAUGAUCCAUAAGCAGGAGCCUCUUGUACUUGUCCUACGGCUACUAAUCUUAUUUUCAAUAACAAACUCAGGGUUGCCAAAAAGGAAUUUUGAUUAUUUGAGGAGAGAGAUUCUUCACAGCUAUGGUUUCGAGCAUAUUGUUACACUUGACAACUUAGAAAAAGCUGGACUUUUUAGGAAGCAGGACUCCAAAAGCAACUGGCUGACCGUCAAACGUGCUUUGCAACUGUUAGUUGAGGAUACUGACACAGCUAAUCCAAAGGAUAUUUCCUAUGUCUUCUCUGGAUAUGCACCUCUCAGUGUUCGACUUGUUCAGCAGGCAAUACGAUCAGGAUGGCGCCCUGUUGAAGAAAUACUGAGGCUGCUGCCUGGGCCCCACUCGGAAAUCAAGAGAGGUGGAUUUUCUAGCAUCCCAUCUUAUGACACUCUGCCAGGAUCUCUAAACAGUUUGGAAAAACAUGCGGAUGGAAGGCGUGCAUUAGUCCUUGUAAUUUUUAUUGGAGGAGUUACAUUUGCUGAGAUUUCUGCUCUCCGUUUUCUCAGUUCUCAGGAAGGAAUGGCAUACGAAUUGAUCAUUGGAACAACAAAAAUUGUAAACGGGCAGAGCUUGAUCGAAACCUUUGUAGACAGGUUGGGUUGA